AUGGGACCCGGAAGAGAAGCUGCGGCGAGUUACUUCCCCGCCCGCCCCUCGGAGGAGAGAGGCAGCCCGGUUAUACCAUGUUUCAGUUUCUGCUUGGUUUUGCUCUCGGCAAUGUGGUUGGGAUGUAUCUGGCGCAGAAUUAUGAUAUUCCUGACCUUGCAAAGAAACUUGAAGAUUUUAAAAGAGAUGUGGAAGCUAAGAAGAAACCUCCCAGUGACAAAUCGUAAGCUACUGAUGUUGACCAGAUCAUCUCCACACAAAUUUCAAGGAUAUAAUUCCCCUUCAAGCUACAAGUUCCAAGUAGAAUUUGGGCUUUGGGGGAUUUCCUCCACUUCCAGUCUCCCAGAACCUGGCUGUCCUUGAGCUGAAGUGCAAUCAUGAAUGUGCAGUGAGACCUAACAUCAGGAGUUUCAGGAAACCUGACUCAGAGCUGAUGUGAUUAGGAAAGAAAGUUUGGAUUUUCUUGCAAUUACCUAAUAUUUUAUAAUCAAUUUUUAUAUGGCUCAGCUGGAGAUCACUGCAAAUCCUACAAUUAUCCCUACCUGAUGCUUUAUUAUAAUUCUUAAAAUGCCUCAAAAGAAAUUAAAACAAAUGUAUCCGGAAGUCACUUCUGAAGACUUCUUUUAUUCUGAGUUAUAUUACAUCAUUGUCCUUUCUUUAAUCCUCCUGUGUGGGACUGAAUCAUGGAUAAUUUCAGUCCUUGUGCUGGAGAUGGAAUGAGAGCUUUGAGUGUCCAGUGAAUUUACAUGAAUAGUUGUCUGUUUCCACUGUUUGUAUAUUAUCUUAUUUUUUGGCAGUGUUUUUCUUUGCACAAAGUGAGCAAAACAUGAUUGACUCCAAAGGAUGUAAAAGGAUACCAGCUUCAACCUACAUUUUACCUUCACUGGUUUUUCUUUCUCUGCUCUGUUCCAUUGCCUCACCCCAUUUCAUUUUCACUCCUUCCCCUCCCCUUGGUCAUUUUGGGACACGUACCUUAAGCUGGGGAUGAUGAAUCAGCAGUUGACUCAAAUUCACUUAGUCAUCUUCUAAAGAUAGUUUAAAUGUACAGCUCUUUUGCAUCCUCUCCUUACUGCCCCAAGCAGCACUUUCCCCCAGAUGAAGCAUUAGCACAUUGAGUGUAGUAUUUGACACACCCUACCAGUCCCUCAACCCCCUGCUUUUCUUUUGCAGUUGGACAAUAAUUUUAGUAUGUAUACAGGUUCAUCUUACCACCUCACUGAGCAUGCUCUGGCACUACUUAGCCUAGCGUGUUCCCCUUUACCUUUCUUGGCCACAAUAUAUUAAAUGGAAAUACAAACUCUUAAGUAUGAGGCAUUGAUCCAUGAUGUUACAAGUACUACACUCUUUGGUCUGAACGGUAAACAUCCUAUCAGACAAAAAGAGAUGUAUGUUUAUUAGUUAACUAAUUAGUUUACUGUUCUCCACUAAAAAAAGCACCCAUCCUUUGCAUUUCACACGUUUUUAGAAGUACAUGUAUAAAGAAACAGACCCAUCAGGUACCCCUGAUCAGUAACCAACACAGCUAUGCCAAACCACUAUUGAGCACAGACUAUUCUUUGAGAGAGACUCAGACUGGAUAAUCCAAAAUCUAUUCAAGUCAAUCUUGCACUCUGUACUCAUGUACUUUUCCCCUGAGUAAUGAGUACAGAACUGGACCCAUGCUGCCUAAUUUUUUUAAAAGCCCCUUUUCCAAAUGUGAUGAAUUUGGUAAUAAACAAUCUGAGGGAAAUUAUUUUUCUACUUUUCUCCAGAACUUUAGAGCCAAAAUUUUGAUAUACAGUACUUAAAACCACUCAGAUUUCUUCAGUUACCACCUACAAUUAUUUGAACACUUAUUGUGAAUUUAGUUUUUUUUUUCCCAAGGCGUAUAUUAUGCUCUUCCUGCAUAUCACACAGAGAUGAGGAGGGAAUGAGUAUUUAAGGUUUCUCUAUAAUAUUUGACCAUAGAAGCUGCUUUAGCAUGAAAGGUGCAAUUUAUAUCUCAAAUGUUCAUCUGACAAUCACAGCAGAUGUCAGGAAAUUUUCUAUCAGCCUAUAAAGCUUUUUCAGAUAGAACCAGGCAUAUCUGUAGCGCUAUAUAAACAAUACAAAAGUAUUAAUAAUAAGGGUUUAAGUGUUCCACAAAGUUUGCAACACCUUGUAUGUUAGCCCAAAAUUAUUUUUCUUCCACCUGGAAAACUGGAGAGCUCAAUUACAUUUUAGAAGGCAAUAAUUCUUGAAAAUUUUGCAAGCCCUCUACAAUAAAUUGCUUUAAACAUAAGUUAGCUGCGCGCUACACUAGAUUAUACUGAUGUAUAACCCACAGUUACACAUCCAACUGGCAGAACCAUGGCAAUGAGCACAUGAAUGAUACUGAGGUAAAUAGCUGAAUCGCCAACCAGAAUCUAAAACCAUCCUUCCCUUGCAAAAGCACCUAGGAUGAACUGGGGUGCAACUACUAGUUCUACUUUCUAGGGCUGAAUCCUUCAUGGGGACACAGCAAUGGGAGAGAACAGAGCACAGCCUGUUUCAAAGUCUGGGGAAGGAAGAUAUGGAAUGCUACCACAGAGAGGCUGCGUUCCAGAUGUUUAACAAAAAUAGAGCCCUUGAUCAACAAAUACUAAAUCACAGAAUGCUUCAAACCAAGAAGCUAUCAGUGUACCUCAAGUUUAGCAUGUCCUGUGACCCACUUCUAACCCAACCACAUGCUGCUAGAGCCACCGGGCUGGUUGUCUGUUGACUGUUAUAGCUAUCCCAGAAUACCUUGCUAUGGAAAACUGCUGAUGCAGGCUGCCGUACCCAAUACACAGGUGCUCCUGUGUUACUUCAUGGGCCUCAUUUAGGUCAGGCAGCGCCAAACCAAGACUCCUGCAGAAUCCUCAUUUAUACAAAUGAAGGCAAGAACUCACUAUUAUGGUUGUUUCAAUAUUCUUCUGCGUAGAGUCUCUCAUUCCCUCUCCCCUUUCACUUCUCUUCACUAACCCUUUUCUGCUCUGCCCCCAACAGACCUUAAUGAUGGAGGUCUUCAUUCUAGUUAAAGAGGGCUGAACAUGGUUUUCUGGGGGACAUCUUAGCACAACUUUGAGCACUGAUGAAUCUUGAUGGGAGGCAAUCCCUGCUGGCCUAAUAGCAAAGGGCCUUUUCUCUGUGUAUUAAAUGACAUCAUGUAAAAUCCUGGCCCAAAGGAAGUCAAUGGUAACACUCUAAUUGCUUUCUAUGGGGCCUUAGACUUCCCUCUCCUACCUCAUUGUCAGUCACGUCUCCCAACAGGUUCCUGCUGACCUCUCCACAUCUGCCUUUUUUAGGGGGCACUGUGAUAUAUUCUGUGCUGGCCUGGGGGCAACGUCUUGUAUUGAUUGUACCAGCUUUGGAUCACUAUGGCCAAGAUUCAUAAAGGUACUUAGGCCCCUACCUCCCUUUGUGCUACUGGGCCUAUACUGUUCAACCGGCCAUGGUGCGCAUACAGGACAAAGACAAAUCCGUGCCAUAUGUUCAAGUGAUGUGGGAUUAAUUUCGUUAAUAUAAAUUACAUUUUGUAGAAAUAUGUUUAGGCCUUGCCAUUUCUGCAUAGAGUAAAUCUUAGUGCUGUGUGAUGGCGUUACUUUUGUGUCUUAGAAACUGGUGCUUCAUGCAAUGAGUUAGGCAGUUAAACAGUGUAGGGACAAAUUCCCCUAUACUGCUAUUUUUACGUCUUUCUCUGGGGGACUGAAAAAAAUAGCUGUUUUGUUAAGUUUGUCAGUGGUGUCUGCUAACCUUUAUGGAUUCCCAAGAGGUGGGUUCUAUUUAUUGAAUACGUACCAAUAUAAGAUAAGAUGUUAUUCACUACUUCUCUUGAAAUAUGCAUUAAAAUUUAAAUGAUCACCAUGAA